AUGAACAACCUUCGUGUAACCAUUGCAGUGUUCUUAGCCGCUCUUGUCUUCACCGCGACUUUCUCAAAUUCUGUGGUGGAGGCCAAAAAAGAAACCAUAAUCUCAUUCCGAUGCAAAAGUAAAUCGGAAUGCUUAACAAAUAUUGCAUGUGAGGCUUGUGUCGAUUGCAGAUGUGAUAGCGGAUUGUGUAGAUGCCAUGGUUUUGGAGGAGAAACAGCAAACUCAACAGCUGUGCCAUUACCAGCUUAA